AUGUUAACUGAUACCAACCACACUAUCAACCCUCCAACAUCAACUUUCACUUCUCGACCGUCUGGUGGUGGUCCCGAUUCCCCGCUGCCCUCCUCUCCCAACCACGACCACAACAAGAAGGGUGGCGGCCACAAGAAGCCGCCCUACCUCGUCCAGACCCGCGUGCUCGGCGGCCGUCAGCAGAACUAUGCCUUCGCCUCAAGUGUUGACCCCAAGCUGGUCAAAUUCAACCGCACGCGCGAGGUGAUCGCCGUGGCCCAGCGGCACUGCCACCUCUGGUUCCAGUACGCCCCGCCGUGCAACGUGCGCCUGGCCAUCUACGACGCCGCCACUCUCCGCCCGCUCCGGCUGUUCGACCUCCUGGCCGGCCCGCUGGUCGAGCACCUGGCCUGGCACCCCGACAAAGCCCAUCGUCGCCCUCGCCACCUCCAUGCGCCCCUUGGUGAUGAGCUUUAG